UUCCAGGAGACACUGCGGACUCCUUUCAGACAGUUGCAGAGUAAAAGCAAAGCCUGUUUCACCAAGGUUAACUUGCCUUCAUAGAGAUAUUUGAAGACCAUGGCAGAAACACCACAGAUCUCCAAUGAAGAACUGGAAGAACUUAAAGAUGCAUUUUCAAAAAUCGAUAUUGAUAGCUCUGGAUACAUUGAUAGCAGUGAACUCCAAAAUCUUUUUAAAGAAGCCAACCAACCAAUCCCAGGCUUCAAAGUCCGUGAACUAAAAGAAAAGUUAGCAGAAUCUGGAAAUCAGAAAGACCGAAUUAGUUUUGAAGAAUUUAUUGAGCUUUACUAUGGUUUGAAGAGUGACGAUGUCGCUAAAACUUUCCGAAAACAACUCUUAAAGAAGGAGGGAAUAUGUGCUGUUCAAGGAACUGAGAAGUCUAGUGAAGGAACUCAGCAUUCAUACUCAGAGGAAGAACGAUUUGCUUUUGUUAAUUGGAUCAACAAGGCUUUGGAAAAGGAUCCAGAUUGUCAGCAACUCAUUCCUAUGGAUGCCAACAGUGACACUGAACUUUUUGCAGCUGUUGGGAAUGGCAUCAUCCUUUGUAAAAUGAUCAAUCUGUCGGUGCCCGAUACCAUUGACGAGAGGACAAUCAACAAAAAGAAGCUCACCCCUUUCACUAUCCAGGAAAACUUGAAUCUGGCAUUGAAUUCUGCUUCCGCGAUUGGGUGUCACGUGGUUAAUAUUGGUGCUGAAGAUCUAAAAGAGGGGAAGCCUUACCUUGUGUUGGGCCUUCUGUGGCAGGUCAUCAAAAUCGGUCUGUUUGCAGACAUUGAGUUGAGCCGAAAUGAAGCACUAAUUGCCCUGCUCCGAGAGGGUGAAAGUCUGGAAGACCUGAUGAAACUGUCACCCGAGGAGCUGCUACUAAGAUGGGCUAAUUAUCACCUGGAAGGUGCAGGAUGCCAAAAAGUUAACAACUUCAGCAGUGAUAUUAAGGAUUCAAAAGCCUACUACCAUCUUCUCAAUCAAAUCGCACCAAAAGGAGAUGAAGAGGGACAGGCUCCAAUUUCGGUUGAUAUGUCUGGUAUUAAUGAAAAAGAUGACUUGAAACGUGCAGAGUCCAUGCUUCAGCAAGCUGAUAAGCUUGGCUGCAGACAGUUUGUCACAGCAGCAGAUGUCGUACGUGGAAACCCCAAGUUAAACCUGGCGUUUGUUGCCAAUCUCUUCAACAAAUAUCCAGCUCUUCAGAAGCCUGAGAAUCAAGACAUUGACUGGAGUCUCCUGGAGGGUGAGACAAGAGAAGAAAGGACUUUCAGAAACUGGAUGAAUUCACUUGGUGUGACUCCACAUGUGAAUCAUUUGUACAGUGACCUAGAUGAUGCCUUGGUGAUUCUGCAGCUCUAUGAAAAGAUUAAGGUCCCUGUGGACUGGAGUCGGGUGAACAAGCCCCCUUAUCCUAAGCUGGGUGCUAACAUGAAGAAACUGGAAAACUGUAAUUAUGCAGUUGAUCUGGGAAGGAACAAAGCCAAAUUCUCACUUGUUGGCAUCGCGGGUCAGGACCUGAAUGAAGGCAAACACAUGCCAACCUUAGCUUUGUUGUGGCAAUUAAUGAGGAGGUAUACCUUGAACAUGCUGGAGGAGAUUGGUGAAGGUGAAAAGGUUAAUGAUGACAUCAUUGUGAACUGGGUGAAUCAGACAUUAUCUGAAGCAGCAAAAAGCUCCACUAUUUCUAGCUUUAAGGACAAAGAAAUUAGCACAAGUAUGCCAAUACUGGAUUUGAUUGAUGCCAUUCAGACCGCAUCCAUCCGAUAUGACCUUGUGAAGACAGGAGACUUGACUGAUGAAGAGAAGCUUGAAAAUGCUAAGUAUGCCAUUUCAAUGGCAAGAAAAAUUGGAGCUCGAGUCUACGCUCUUCCAGAAGAUCUAGUUGAAGUAAAACCAAAAAUGGUAAUGACUGUCUUUGCAUGCCUGAUGGGAAAAGGAAUGAAGAGAGUCUAAAGGAUUUGAACCAAGUUAAACUGUUUUCUUCUGGCAUUGGAGGCAACAUUCAAAUGCUGGACCUUUGAUCAGAAAUACUCCUGUCUUACUUUACCUGGCUUUGCAAUUGCAGACUAAAAUAAUAGAUCAAAAUUUUUCAUUUCCCUAAACAUUAUAUAAAAAUCUGAGCACAUUCUAGAACACAAGCUGAACUAUGGGAAAACUGCUAUGCAUUCAUCUAAACCAAAGAUAUUAGUUAACAUGAGAGCACUUCCCAGCGCAGAAGCCUUUUAUUUGGAAAAUGAAUUAUGAGACCUAGAACAGCUUUGGAUAUUUUCUUUACAUGCACAGGAUAAUGAAGAGUCUGAGGACAUUUGAUAGCUCUUUACAAUUACCUAAGUUUUGCUGGAACAAGGCAUCAAGUACCAUGCUUUAAGCUUACUCACAUCAUUUAGCUUUAAAAUCUAUUGCCCUAAAAAUUGUUGAUAACUUUGUGAAAAAAUUGAAGUACAUUAAAAACAAAAAGUUGGAUUAAGGGAGAGAUGGUAGGCAGAAAGAACAACAAAAUAAAAUGUAGAAUUUUGUUUUCAUAAAUGUUCUCUUAAGUAAUUCACAAAUAGUGAAUGUUUCCACUACUGGCAAGAGACAAUGAUAAAGUACAUUGAAUCACAUUGUUAAUUCUGUUUAUUCCCACACAACUUUUUCUACCUAUUAAAUGAACAGUUAAAAGUGCAAAUGCAGCAACUUCAUGUCAAUUGCCAGGUUGUUCAGCACAGGAUGCUGUUUACCCGAGUCUAAUGGCAGAAGAGUGCAAAUCAGCCCUCUAAAUUCAGGUUAUUUAUAAACUCUGGGCUCUCACUUCCUCAAGCUGCUGAAAAUAGCAUUGUUUUGUUAUUCAGACUUUUUUUCCCAACUGAAUCUUCAAGUCAAUGAAAUGUGAAAUUGCAGGUUGACACAGAAGAUUUCUGCUACAUCUAGAUUUAACCCUAAGGCUAGAGCUAAUUUUUUAUGCCAUGUGUAUACUCCCACCACUGAAAUUUACCAGUACAUUGUGUUGUCUACAUACAAUUUUCUCUGAAUUCACAGAUAGCAAUAAAAAGAAUUAAAAAUGAAACAAGAUUAUUGUUAUGCUCAUUUGUCCAUAGCUGUCAGGUGAUCUGCAAAUAUGCUGAGUGCAUGUCCAUUGUUAUACAUCCUGAAUAAUGCUCUCUGGAUAAUUACUGGUAACAGUCUUGCAAAAUAAACUUGCAUGUAUACUUACAAGAUGUUUCCUUAGUCACUCUUAAUUAGAGUUCUUAAAAGGAUUGAUCAUCUGGAAGGUAGAUUAUCUAGUGGAUAUUUCAAUAUCUGAAGGAUAUAAUGAUGGAUAUCAAAAUUACCAAAUUUUAUGUUUUUAACCAACUCUUCAACCCAAAUCUGUUUUUAUAUUUUGGUUUUAUAAAAUUCAUAUUGAAAUACUAGCUUUAAGCAUAAAGUGCUAUUAAAGUAUUUACAAAUUUAAAGUUUGUGCUUCAUAUAAAUAUGCUGAUAAAAUUAUUUGACAUUUUAAGAAAACAAUGCAUACUUACAUCAUACAGCUUUUCUUCUUGUAUUCCUUUCACUUACAAUGGCAAUCCUAGUUGACCAUUUCUUCAAUAAUUCCAGUCCCUGUGCUAGGGGCAUUUGCAAUCUUUUUAUAGUUUAAAAAAUAAAAUUUAUUCAUAAAAAUAAAUACAAGA